AGGCUUUCCUGUGUCUCUAGGACCAGCAUCACUUUCAGAGGAAGUGAGUCGCGAUUGCCUGCACACACUGCGCCGAUUUUAGUGAAAGCAAACAAAAACAAAGGGAAGGGAGCCAAGUCAAACAGAGGAACAAAAUGGCGACUGAAGGGCCGUUUCGGAACGCGAGCAAUGCGACAGCGCCGGCCCCUACAGAGCACCUCAGCAGCUCCGUGCUCAGCACUGCAGCCAGCAGAAUUCAGAGCUCCACGACCAACAUCACUGAAAUAAUCGCAGCAAACGACGUGGCCUCCAGAGCCAACUACUGCUACAUGUUCUGCGCAGUGCUGGGCUUUGCUUCCGGGCUCUUCCUCUUCUACAGCUUCAUCAAGUCCUACAGAGCCAGGAGGAACUGGACCUGGCUGGACAGCCUCCUCUGCGCCCUCUCCGUCUCCGAAUUCAUCAUCCUGCUCUGCUCCCUCUCUUCUCUGGCUCACAGGCCGGACCUCCUGAGGACCACCAAUCUCAACUGCACCCUUCUGUCGUUCCUCUUCAACGCGGCCUUCUUCAGCGGGCAGCUGCUGCUGGUGCUGAUGGGCUUCUUCCUGACGUUCGACCAGGAUCCUCCCAGCCGGCCGCUGCUGCAGAAGGCCCGGGACGCCCCCGCCGUGUGCGUGGCCCUGACCACGGUGCUCUCUCUGCUGUCCGCAGCGGUGCUCGCGGGGCUUCUGGGCGCGCGGCAGAGCCUAAACCAAACCUCCGACUGCCGGCUGGACCCCCGUCUAGACGGCGGCGGCUACAAGGCCACCAAGCUCCUCCUGGGCUUCAUCCUGCCCAACCUGCUCCUGCUGGCCCUCCUGGCGGCCGGCUGCGUGAUCUGGGGGAAGUCCAGCGGCGGCUUCCUGUCCAGACUCAAGGCCUUCCCGGUCUUCCUGGCCGUGGCCCUGGUGACCUUCAUCUGCCGGUUCUUCUACAGCAGCGUGCUGAUGAAGAGGGUGGGCCGGCCCCCGAGGCCGAGCCAGGAGGCCCUGAUGAGCGUGGCUGAGUUUGUGCUGUUCUCGGGCAGCUGCGGCAGCCUGGUGCUGGUGCUCCUCCUGCACGGCCCCUGCAGGGAGAGCCUGCAGAACGCAGCCCGUCGCCUGGGAGAGUGCUGCCGCAGUGUGGGCGGCAGGGACACCAACCGCCACAUCAUGGCCCCCCGCAUCGAGAUCACAGACACUCAGGAAAACUACGACUAGUGAAAACCGCACAUUAUUCAGGUGCAUUUACUUCAGUGUAUCAAGCUCUGGGUUCACUUCAGCCUGCUUAAAAGUGCAACUGCAACCAAAUUACAGCAUGUAAAACACAUGCAUACAUAGAGCACCUCACCAAGUUGGGUUCAAACAGCCUGUUAAAACAGUAUGUGUUCUUAAAACAGUAUGUGACAAAAUACAUCUAACCAGCGUCUCCAAAACACCAAGGUUAACGGCACCUCGGCAGAUACAGCAACACAGACAGGCUAAGGUCUUGGGAUGAGCUUCAAUCUCGUAUACAAGACAUUUAAUUAUAGUACUUGUUUUUGAAGCUUCCUCAGGGUACAUGAGUGAAGCAGAAACUUAGCAGAGCCUCUUUAAACUUAUAUUAUUUGUUUAAUUAAGUUAUUUUGUAUAUCAGGUAAAAAAAAAACGUACCUUUAAAUGCUGAAGUUUUUAAUUUAAAUUAUAUAAAGCAUGCUGGGAUGCUGAAACAAAUUCAUCUGUACUGUUAUAAACCUCAUAUGUCAUAAUUGCUGCAUUGGGACUUCCACAGCAGCAGUGCUGUCCCAGUGAGAGUGUGGGAGGACACAAAGGACCAGCUACCAGGAGCUGCAGGUCUUUAAUAUUUCUGCUGCCUCCAAGCUGUCUGUCCUCAUUUGCCUCAGGACCUCUACUGAAGCACAAAUGAAUAGUGGAUCUCAACAGGGUUCCUCAUCGAUAGUCAUGCUGUCAUUUCACCAUUUUGAAUGCAUAUCAGACUCUUCAAUGAGCAAUGAUAACACAGUGUUUUGGCAUUUUGAAUUGUGUCAGUUAUAAGCCAGUAUUGUACAGCAGUUGGAGCGUUUUAUUUGUUUGUUUUGAUUACUUUUUGCAUUGUUUUGUAAUUGUUUAGUUUUUUCCAGCAAGUAUUAAUUUUGGUGCAUUAUGUGUAGAGUGGUGUGUGCAAUGUUUAACAUUGUCUGCAGUGUUAUCAUUUUAAGAAUGGAAACUGGUGAUUUCCCAUCGCAUAUUUCGAAUAUUAAUUACAUUUGAAUUAAUUGUUCUCAUUCCAACAUUACUUGAGGGCCAAACUAUGUGAUGCAAGCACCGAUUUAGUUUAUAUGCACUUAAUAAAUACCAGAGAAGAAAUCCUGUUCCAAAUCAAAACCUUUACUGACAUUUCCAGAUUUCCUCGGUUUUGGUAUAUUUUAAAAAUUAUUUUAUAUUGUUUUAUUGAUUGUACUGUUGGAUUUAACAGCCAACAAUGGUGACAGGCGGUCAUAACGUAUAUUCUAUACUCAUAUACAAUUCCUAUAGAUCCCCAUGUAAUGAAGACACGUUCCAUGGUUUGUCCACUCAGGAGAGAAGAUAUAGAC